UUCAGCGUAGAGUUGCUCUCCCACCCCCGGCCUGCGGGAACCGGCCGCCCCGACGAUCGGCCUUAAAAACCCGGCAGGUGCAGCCAUGGCGGCCGAUGAAGGUUUGAUUCUCAACGUAUCAGAGGGCUGCCCCUCCAGCCUCGCCUUCAGCCUGGAGAGGUUCAACAAACCCCGGGGAGCUAAGGAGAAAUGGCAAGCUAAAGCGGCAAAAAGAAAAUUCCCAGGAGCUAGGGAGGAACCUCCAGCCAAACGGAAGAGUGAAAGAUCAUUACCUCCAGCUACGAAGAUUAAUGUCAAAGAGGCUGAUAGGACUAUUAAAGGGAAAAUGAAGAAAAAGUCUUCUCCAAAGAAGCUCUCACCUGGCAAGACUAACGGGAAUGAAGAAGUCAGACCGUUCAUUAAGACCUCCUCCUUGUUUAAGAACAACCCUGAGAUUCCAGAAAUCAACAGAGCUGCAGUCAAACAGGUGCAAGAAAAGGUGUUUACUUCUGAUUCUUUUGGUGAACUGAAUCUCCAUCCUCAUCUGGUGUCCACAAUAACCUCGGUCUUGAAAAUGUCUAGUAUGACCAGUGUUCAGAAGCAAAGUAUUCCUGUCCUGCUUGAAGGCAAAGACGCACUUGUGCGAUCCCAGACGGGUUCAGGUAAAACUCUUGCUUAUUGCAUCCCUGUGGUUCAGUCUCUUCAAGCAAUGAAGUCAAAAAUACAGCGCAGCGAUGGCCCGUAUGCUCUGGUGUUAGUGCCAACAAGAGAGCUUGCACUACAGAGCUUUGAUACCGUCCAGAAACUACUCAAGCCAUUUACCUGGAUUGUGCCUGGAGUGUUAAUGGGAGGAGAAAAAAGAAAAUCAGAAAAGGCCAGGUUACGAAAAGGGAUAAACAUCCUUAUUUCUACCCCUGGGCGCCUGGUAGAUCACAUUAAGUCUACCAAGAAUAUCCACUUUAAUCGGAUCCGGUGGUUGGUUGUGGAUGAGGCAGACAGGAUCCUGGACUUGGGUUUUGAGAAGGAUAUCACAGUAAUCCUCAAUGCUGUAAAUGCGGAGUGUGAGAAGCGGCAGAAUGUGCUACUGUCUGCCACCCUCACAGAGGGAGUGACACGGUUGGCGGAUAUCAGUUUACAAAAUCCAGUCAGUAUCUCGGUGUUGGAUGAAACUCAGAAUCGACUCACCCCAAGGAACGAAGCAGCCAGAGAAGCCCCUCACCCUCCAACCAAAGCGGAGGAAGAGAACUUUGCUGUGCCUGAGAAGCUCAAACAGCAUGUGGUGGUGGUUCCCAGCAAACUGAGACUUGUGACGUUAGCAGCUUUCAUCCUUGGGAAAUGCAAGUUUGAAUCAAACCAGAAGAUGAUUGUCUUUUUCUCGAGCUGUGAGUUGGUGGAGUUCCACCACAGUCUCUUCCUCCAGAUCCUUCUGGGCAGCUCCCAGACCCCAGCACCUGCUUCUUCACGCUUAAAAUUCCUACGGCUGCAUGGCAACAUGGAGCAAGAGGAAAGAACAGCUGUUUUUCUGGAGUUUUCACAAUCCAAAACAGGCAUCUUACUCUGCACGGAUGUUGCAGCCCGAGGAUUAGAUCUACCUCAAGUGACAUGGAUCGUUCAGUACAAUGCUCCCGCUUCACCCGCCGAAUACAUCCACCGGAUUGGGAGAACCGCCCGAAUCGGCUGCCACGGGAGCAGCCUGCUCAUUUUGGCUCCGUCGGAAGCAGAAUAUGUCAACUCGUUGACUUCUCACAAAAUCAAUGUUUCUGAGAUUAAGAUGGAAGAGAUUCUGUCCAUUUUGGCAAUGGAUGAUCGUUUUAAAGGAAGAAGAUGGGGAAACAAGAAAUCCAGCAAUGUGGGCCUUCAGGAAAUUCGCGAGCGAGCCACAGUGUUGCAGACGGAGUUCGAAAAUUACGUGCACUCCAGCAAGGAGACGGUCUCCUGGGCAAAGAAAGCUCUGCAAUCCUUCAUCCGAGCCUAUGCCACCUAUCCCAAGAACCUGAAGCACAUCUUUCAUGUCAAAUCCCUUCACCUCGGACACGUGGCCAAAAGCUUUGGGCUGAGAGAUGCACCCCAGAAUCUAAGUGCCUCCACAUCUGGAAACCUAGAAAAGAAAAAGAAAUUGAAACUGAAAAGACCUGACCUUCAUAAGAAGACCAAGAAUAAACACCGACUCGCUGAAAUCUUGCGUUCGGAAUACUCAAGUGGAAUGGAAACCGGCGUCACCAAGGUCAAAAAGCAAAACAAACACGGAAAACCCAACAACCAGAAAUUGCAGAGCUGAACUAGAGUUUGCAACCUUUGCUGUGGGAGAGGGAAAAAGAAAAAAAAUCAACCACCUAACAACUCUGGGUUCUUGAAAGCCUGAAAACUCCGGAAGAUAUGCUUGUGGGACAGUGAGUUUUCUGAGGACUGAGCCUCUUGGAGGCCCCGGGGGUGCUGAAUUGAUAAAUGCCUUAUUCUUAUCAGAAGAUUUCUGUUAAAAAUAAAUGUGAGUUAUUUAUAUGCA